CAGUGUUCUUUAAAAGGAAUUUGAUUUUCUUCACUAUGUCCAGUUUUCACUGGACUUGGGUCUUUUGGUUUCUUCCAAUUUUCCUUUUUGAGGGAUACCAUGAUGGGGUGGAGGAAGUGUUGGUUUCUCUAUGUUUACUGUUACUCUCGUGGAACUUAAGAAUUGUUUUUGUUUUACAGGUUCAGUGGAGUUAGCUUCAGCGGGUGUCUCCAUAUCAGUUUUUAACAUCAUUUCAAAGCUAUUUAAUGUUCCUCUACUUAGUGUUGCUACAUCUUUUGUGGCUGAAGACAUUGCCAAGAAUGCGACCAAAGUUUACAUGUCAGAGGAGGCAGAAGGCACCAAUGGUAGACUUCCCAUAGGGGUAGCAGAAAGGCAUCAGUUUUCUUCUGUGUCUACAGCAUUAUUUUUAGCAGUUGGCAUUGGCAUCAUUGAAGCUUUGGCUUUGGCUUUGGGAUCUGAACUACUUCUUGGUUUGAUGGGCAUAUCAUCUACUUCACCUAUGAGAGCUCCAGCAAAAAGAUUCCUUUCUCUGCGUGCUCUUGGUGCUCCUGCAUUUGUAGUUUCCUUGGCCCUUCAAGGCAUAUUCCGUGGAUUUAAGGAUACAAAGACUCCAGUCUUCUGUUUAGGCAUUGGAAACUUUAUAGCUAUAUUUUUGUUUCCCUUACUUAUGUAUCAUUUCGGCUUGGGUGUAUCCGGAGCUGCCAUAUCCACUGUCAUUUCACAAUACCUGGUGGCCUUUUCUAUGAUCUGGUAUUUAAAUCAGAGAGUGAUAUUAUUACCGCCACGAUUUGGGGAGCUGCAAUUUGGUGGCUAUUUAAAAUCUGGUGGUUUCCUCAUUGGAAGAACACUUUCUGUCCUUUUCACAAUGACACUUGCUACAUCAAUGGCUGCCCGUCAAGGUGCUGUAGCGAUGGCUGCUCAUCAAAUAUGCUUACAAGUUUGGUUAGCUGUCUCCCUCCUCACAGAUGCACUGGCUGCAUCUGCACAGGCAUUGAUUGCUAGUUAUUUAUCAAAAGGCGAUUACGUGGUAGUAACCGAAAUUACACACUAUGUGCUAAAGAUAGGGCUACUUGCUGGUGUGUUUUUGGCAGCUGCAUUAGGUGUUUCUUUUGGCUCUUUAUCUACUUUAUUUACCAAGGAUGCUGAAGUGUUAGCUGUGGUUAGUACAGGUGUAUUGUUUGUCAGUGCCAGUCAACCAAUAAAUGCUCUUGCCUUUAUCUUUGAUGGCCUCCAUUAUGGUGUUUCAGACUUCCCUUAUGCAGCUCGCUCCAUGAUGCUGGUGGGGGCAAUAUCAUCGGGAUUUCUGCUUUUUGCUCCUAGACAUCUUGGUCUUCCUGGUGUUUGGUUGGGCUUGACCCUGUUCAUGGGAUUACGCAUGAUGGCUGGGAUUAUCAGGUUACUGUCAAAGAAAAGUCCUUGGUGGUUUCUGCAUUGUGACAUUAAUGAAGCCAAGGUAAUUAGUUGAGUGGAUUCGAUUUUCAGGCCUUCUUUGAAACUUAUAUAAACCUCCUUUUCAUAUGCUUGAUCAACUAUCGUUGUUGGAUGAGCCUUUUCCUCUAAAAAUAGGAUUACUGAGCCUCUUUCCUUCAGGGAUACUUGCUCACAUAGUUAUUGCUCUUUUUCUUUUGCUUCCACUAUCUUUUUUUGUGGCUCCUAUCUUUAGAUAGGUUUAUACAACUACGGAACAAGUGUACAUUGAAUUAUUUACACUACUUCCCUAUGUAAAUAUGUUGGGCAAUAUGUUGGAUUCUAUAAUGUUGGGCAUCUUGGUUUAAGGAGGCAGCUUGCUGGAACGGAAAGGAAUGAAAAAGUUAAUUAGCAUAUCUUGAAUUUACUCUCUAGAGUCAUUCCUUUAGUUUCUUGAGGUCAAUCAAUCCCUUUAAGGUCUUGCAAACUUUGUAGCGGAAUUAUCUUUUCUACAACUUUUUAUUAGCAA